AUGGAUGUAAACAGUAGCUCUGAUGAAAAAGUUAUGAACUAUAGCCAUAGAGAUAGAUGUGCUACAUUCCAGAAGGCAGAAGUAAAAGCACUGUUAAAUUUGAUUACCAAAUAUAAAUUCAUAAUUUUGAACAAAAACACAGAUUCCAAUACGAAUUCCGCUAAAGAAAAAGUAUGGCGUAAAAUAACGAGAUCAUUUAACGAUCAGAAAAUAGCUGUUUAUAGAAGUACUGAUCACUUAAAAACCAAGUGGGAAAACUUGAAGCGAGGUGGAAGGAAAGCUCAAAAGAAGGUUGAUGAAGAGGAAACAGACGAAAUACGUAGUCAAGUGGUCUGUUUGAUCCAAGAAUCUGAUAGUUUUACAGACAAAGUACAAGUAGAACUUGAAAUUAAUGAUUCAGAUGAACAAAAUGAUACUCAGAAAGGACAGAGAGCAUGUUCAGACUAUAAUUCAGAUACAGAAGAUGAAAAGGACAGGAGACUAAGAUCUGUAAACUUUUUACCCGUUGAGUCCCAUCUUCUUGUUAAGCUGGUAAGAGAAGAAAAAGCUAUAUUGUUCAUGGAAGGAACUUCAACUAAAAUAAUACAAAAGAAAAAUGCAGCUUGGGAAAGGAUAGCUAAGCGUUUUAAUAAGAUUAAUCCACAAGAGAGGCCAUUGAAUGUUUUAAAAACAAAGUUUUACAACUUAAAGCGAAGAAAUGAGAAUAGAAACAAGAUUAAAUUAGAAGAUCGUAAUUAUUCAUCUCAGAAAAGUAAUGGAGAAGCAAAAGUGGAUAUAAAAAUUGAGCCGGGUUUGAGAUACAGCAAUGAGAAUGAUAUGGGUUUGGAUGUUGAAGAGACUACCUUAAGUGAGCGUGAAUUAUCCCCACUGCAAAAUAAUGACGAGAGUAUGGACCCACUUAAAUUUGUCCUCAACACUGACUCUGGAAUAGGAUCCUCAACUUGGACCCCUACAUGCAAUCAAUCUGAAAACGAAAGUGUCGUCAAACUGAAAAUAGAACUUCUCAAUUAUAAGUUAGAGACUGCAAAGCUCGAGAGGAAGCGUUUAGAAAAUGCAAUAAAAGCUGAGGAGGAAAAUCGUAACGUCAGGGCUAUAGAAAAUUCAUUGCGCCUGCGCACUGCGCGGCUCGAAGCUGUAGCAGCAGAAUCAAAAUUAAUGCAAAAUCAUCCUGCAUUGGCAUACACAGAGCAAGAAUUAUUAGCCCAAAGAUACUUGGCUAUGCCAGACUUAUCUGAUGACACAUAG